ACUUCAAAUAGUUUAUAGACUAUCUCGCUUGACACCGCAGCGCUAAGUUCUGUGUUCAAUCAACCGAAACAUGAGGUAUUUUUGGUUGUCUAUUUUACCUUCCAUAACGAUACAAUAACACAAGUACUGUGUCGCGUGUGUGAUGCUACGAAGGAUAUUUACCGCGUCGUUUUGUUUUACUCGUUCUGUGACGGCAACACCAGACAAAACUGUUAUUCACCACCUCCCCAACACCGUCCCCAGUCAAACACCGCUAGCUACGAUGUAAACGCCGCGGACAGAGGAAGUUCGGAUUCACAUUAUAACCUCUUGAGGGCUGUAAAUACGUCGUGUCUACCAAUAUUGGAUGCAUGAAUGGACAUUUGUUUUUAUGUAAUACUGGAACUAACAUAUCGUUUUGUAGAGUCGUUCUCAAUUGUAGCUGCAGCGGAAAUAACAGACUACAUACGCAUCGGCUACGCUCGUUAUUUCCUCACAACCGAGGGAAAACAUGUCUUUCUUUAAUUUCCGGAAGAUAUUCAAGUUAGGGCCCGACAAGAAGAAGAAACAGUACGAACAUGUGCACAGAGACGUCAACCCGGAGGAAAUAUGGGACAUAAUUGGAGAGCUUGGAGAUGGGGCGUUUGGAAAAGUGUACAAGGCUCAAAACAAGCAGAAUGGGACUCUGGCUGCUGCAAAGGUCAUUGACACUAAGACUGAGGAUGAACUGGAGGAUUACAUGGUUGAGAUUGACAUUCUGGCGUCUUGUGACCACCAUCACAUUGUCAAACUGCUGGAUGCCUUUUAUUUUGAAGACAAGCUAUGGAUACUCAUUGAGUUUUGCGCCGGUGGUGCAGUGGAUGCCAUCAUGCUGGAACUGGAGAGGCCCCUAACUGAGCCUCAGAUCCGUGUGGUGUGUAGGCAGACCUUGGAGGCCUUGUCUUACCUCCAUGAGAGCAAAGUCAUCCACAGAGACUUGAAAGCUGGAAAUAUUCUCCUUUCCUUGGAUGGAGAAGUGAAACUGGCUGACUUUGGUGUCUCUGCUAAAAAUACCAAGACGUUACAGAGAAGAGAUUCUUUCAUUGGCACUCCAUACUGGAUGGCACCUGAGGUAGUAAUGUGUGAAACGUCAAAGGACCGUCCGUAUGACUAUAAAGCUGACAUCUGGUCCCUGGGGGUAACCCUGAUAGAACUGGCACAAAUUGAACCUCCCAACCAUGAGAUGAAUCCCAUGAGGGUGCUGCUGAAAAUAGCCAAGUCCGAGCCGCCCACACUCAUGCAACCCUCACGCUGGUCACCAGAAUUCAGCGAUUUUCUGCGGAAAGCACUUGAUAAGAACGUGGACAAUCGGUGGGGCUGUGCACAACUCUUACAGCACCCCUUUGUCACCAGUGUAACUGACAGCAGACCCCUCAGAGAGCUCAUAGCUGAGGCCAAAGCUGAAGUAACGGAGGAGAUUGAGGAGAGCAAAGAGGAAGAGGAGGAGGAGGAGCCUGAAACACCUCUGCCUGUUCCUGGACACAAACGUGGACCAUCAGAUGUCAGUGUUGCCAGCUCAGAGGAUGACAAAGCCCCGCCCACUCCUCCAGCACUGGAGUCUGUUACAGAAAAGACGGAGGCAGAGGCAGCCGAAGACCAGACUAGCGAUAAGCUUUCAGAUGAAGGACUUGGUACAAGUGAAGUAGACAAGACCGAAGAGGAGAAACUCAAUGAAGUGUCUGAUGCCAGUAAUGAAGAUCUGGCCUCUGGUGUAGAAGAGCCUACAAAGAACCAUGUAGUCCAGGAACCUGAGGAGAUCAAACCAGAGGACGUUCACAGUAGAGAGGUUCCUACUGAGCCAGCUGUAGUAUUGCAGCCUAAAGAACCCACAGAAGUCCAGGAACUUGUUCAAGAAACACAAGAGGUUGAAACAAUAGAUGGACCUGUUCAAGAAGAGGAAGAAGACAAAAUAAAGGAAAGUACAGAAGAAACAGAGGAACAACCUAUUAAUGAGUUAGAAAAUGGUGAAUCUGUAAGAGAGGAACCUGAUGUAGGAAUAAGCAAAGAACCAAUUGAGGAAUCUUCUCAGGGUAAAGUGACAGAGGCCAUUGAUGUAAAUAUAGUCACAGAGUUAAUAGAGUCAAAUGUAAAGGAAGCAGAAACUAAAGAAGAAACAGACACAAAGAUAUGUGUGGAUGAGUCACCCACGGACAUUGUGUCAGAAGAGACCAAAGAGAGCAAGCCAGAGAAAAAGCCUGGAGAUGAGGCAGUCGAAGAUGUGGAACAACCUGAGCAGGAGACUCAGAGUGCAGAGAAGAUAGAAGUGGAGAAGGAAGACACAACCACAGUCAGCGAUGAAGCCAAAGACACAAGUGAAGAUGUGCAACCAGUGGUACCAUCUGAUGAUGUCCAGGUCAAGGAAGAUGACAAAGAUGUUGCCCGUGCCAAUGAGACAAUUUCACAGGAUGCUGCAUCUGUCCCAGAGAGUGGAGCAGACUCUGAAAUUAAGGUGGAAACAGGAAGUCCCACCGUGAGUAAGCCAGAUAUGGAGAAGGACUCUGACUCUGGAAGCAGCUCCACUGUAGAGAGCAACAGCCUGGACCUCAACCUGUCCAUCUCCAGCUUCCUGUCCAAGAGCAAGGAAGGGGGUUCAAUUUCUAUGCAAGAGUCAAGGCGUCAGAAGAAGACGUUGAAGAAAACACGCAAGUUCAUGGUUGAUGGUGUGGAGGUCAGUGUGACAACAUCAAAGAUAGUGACGGAUAACGACACCAAGAGCGAGGAGAUGAGGUUCCUGAGGCGGCAAGAGUUGAGAGAGCUCCGCCUCCUGCAGAAGGAGGAGCAGAGGGCCCAGCAGCAACUGAGCAACAAGCUUCAGCAGCAACGAGAGCACAUCUACCGGCGCUUUGAACAGGAAACUACAGCUAAGAAGCGUCAGUAUGAUCAAGAAGUUGAAAAUCUGGAGAAGAAACAGAAGCAGACCAUUGAGCGACUGGAGCAGGAUCACACCAGCCGGCUCCGAGAUGAGGCCAAGCGCAUCAAAGCAGAUCAGGACAAGGAGCUUUCCAAAUUCCAAAACAUGCUAAAGAACCGCAAAAAGGAGGUCAAACAGGAAGUUGGACAGUCACCCAAACACAUGAGAAAAGAGCUCAUGAAACGCUUAAAGGAGGAUCUAUCGCUCCACAAGACCGCAGAGGCAGUGGCCCAGGUUAUGAUACAGUCUUUUCAGUUGUCCUCAUGUGCACUCUUCAACGCUCAGAUGCAGGAUGAGCAGGAGUUUCUGCAGAAGCAACAACAAGACCUGGAUGGAGCUUUAAAGAAAAUCAUCCAGCAGCACAAACUGGAGAUUGCAACUAUAGAGAGAGACUGCCUCAACCACAAGCAACAGUUGAUGAGAGCUCGAGAAGCAGCCAUGUGGGAAUUGGAGGAGCGCCACCUGCAGGAAAAGCACCAGCAAUUGAAGCAGCAGCUGAAAGACCAGUACUUCCUGCAAAGACACCAGCUGCUGAAGAGACAUGAGAAGGAGAUGGAGCAGAUGCAGCGCUACAACCAGAGGCUGAUAGAGGAGAUGAAAAACAAACAGACUCAGGAAAGAGUCCGUCUGCCUAAGAUCCAGCGCAGUGAGGCCAAGACCCGCAUGGCCAUGUUUAAGAAGAGCCUCCGAAUCACUGCUACUGCAGCCGCUACGCCGGAGCAGGAGAGAGAACGCAUUAAACAGUUUGCUUCUCAGGAAGAAAAGAGGCAGAAGACCGAGAGGAUGAAUCAGCACCAGAAACACGAGAACCAGAUGAGAGACCUGCAGCUGCAGUGUGAUUCUAACAUCAGGGAGCUGCAGCAGCUUCAGAAUGAAAAGUGCCACCUUCUGAUUGAACAUGAGACGGAGAAGCUGAAGGAGCUGGACGAGGAGCACAGCCAGGAGAUAAAGGAGUGGAGGGAGAAGCUGAGGCCCAGGAAGAAGGCGCUAGAGGAGGAGUUCACGCGGAAGCUUCAGGAGCAGGAGGUUUUCUUCAAGAUGAGCGGGGAAUCAGAAUGCCUUAACCCCACCACCCAGAGCAGAGUGUCCAAAUUUUACCCCAUACCCAAUCUUCACAACGCCGGUUUAUAGCCUCUCAUCUGUCCGUGCUGCUGAAAAUGGUGGUGGAAAAAAAUGCACUUUGUGAGCAUGUCAACAAAUUGAAUUGGUAGCGAUGGAGGACACUGCUUACCAGACCACCUCCUGUUGCUGUAUGAAUGAUCUCCAGUGCCUCAUUUAUCCUUUAAUUUCAUUUUUUUCUCUUGCGUUUUCAGAGCUUCAGAUGAAACAGUGCCCCCUAAACUAGUGUUGCACUUAUUAGAUCAUUUAAAGCCCCAAGACAUAUUACAGAGAAUCAAAGUUUUGCAUCCGUAAUUAGCUGAUGAUUAACUGCGUCGCCUCAGUGAGAAAAACAAAGUAUUGCGAUCUCUAAACUGUGAAUUCCAAAGAAAAGAAAUCUACUUUGUCGUUAACAUGUUUGCAUUAACACACAGGCAGCAAUUGUAUAAUCGGUGAUAAAAAUCCACUGACCUGUGUUUUCCUGAGCAGUGCUGAAAUGUAAACAGAAGCGAUUCUUAAGGCAUGUACAGCUGUUCAUUUGCACUGUUUUGCAACAAAAGCUGAAGCUCGCAAAAGUUUAGUCAAACGCCGCUUCUAAGAAAUCAUUUUAGCUUCUCUAUGAAAAAUUAAGUAUUAAAUAUUUUAUGACGUUAUAGUUUCUUUACACUGAUAUUUUAAUGCUGAUGUCACUUCUUGGCACCAGAAUCAUAACGUUCCUAAUUUGCCACUGCGUAUCUUCCGCGCGUUGUAAUCACGUCUGCUGAAAUCAACAUUGAUGAGUAUCUGUCAUGAAUGCUGGAUUUUUAUCAGGGUUAUAUCGUAGACACUAUACGGCCCAUAGAUUCAAAUGGUUGUUUUUUUUUUUAAAUAUUAUUUUUGUUAAGUUACAGCAUUUAAUGUCUUUACAUUUUCAUUUUCUAACAGUGAACAUUGUUAGCAUAUGCAUUUCUAAUGUCCAAUUAAAUGUAUUAAUGUCUUCACAAAUGUUUUUUUUUCUCAUUGUAAAUAAAAUAUUGACUUUA